AGCCCACUCCAUGCUGGAAAUAGACAACUCUUCUCUGAGGCUGAGUCUAACCAGAUUAUGCAGAACUUUCUUCUCUCCAACAUUGCCUGGAGCUGGGGUAGCUGUUAAGCCCUUGGGUUUUUUCUAAAGACUUGAAAAACUACACAAAAAGAAUAAAUAGAUGUCUUUUGAAUGGAUUGCAGCAGUUACCAUUGCUGCUGGGACAGCUGCAAUUGGUUAUUUAGCUUACAAAAGAUUUUAUGUUAAAGAUCAUCGCAAUAAAGCAAUGGUAAACCUUCACAUCCAGAAAGACAACCCCAAGAUAGUACAUGCAUUUGACAUGGAGGAUUUAGGAGAUAAAGCUGUGUACUGCCGUUGUUGGAGGUCCAAAAAGUUCCCAUUCUGUGAUGGGGCUCACACGAAACAUAACGAAGAGACUGGAGAUAACGUGGGACCUCUGAUCAUCAAGAAAAAAGAAACUUAAAUGGACAGUGUUGAUGCUGCAAACCAACUUGUCAUGAUGUUACCUGAUUGUUAAUUAGAAUGACUACCACUUCUGUUUAAUUCAUCUCCCUUGGGUUAUAGAUGUGGUAUAUUGCAAACUUCAGCCUUCAUGUUCAUGGCAUUUGCCUUACUUGUUGAAACAUUGUGGUGCCCAUUUGUUUAAAGAAAAAAAAAAGUAAAAGUAAAAACCAACCUCAUGACCGGUGGGUUAUUUUGGUCUUGUAAGGAUCCGUUUCUUUAUAUUUAAAAUAUUGACAUUAGAAUGUAGUUGUAUCUUAAAGUCAACAUAUUAAAUUAUUCUCAAAAAUCAUGUAUUUGCAGGGUGUACUUGUAAGUCUCAAAACCUAACACCUUGUUGUAUUAACCUGGAAAGUAAAUAGGGUGUGAUCAAUGUCUUAAUACAAUCUAGGAAAAA